AUGAAAUCGACAACCGGAUAUAAAUGGUUGCGGAAGUGCGUUCGAGGAUCAGCUAUACGUCUACUGAGUUAUCAAUACAUCCCUGGCCGAACUUUCAUAGCACUAUCAAUGCUGCUUUCACUUGCAUCUUUCGGGAUUUACGUAUCAGAGGCAAGUCAAUGGCCAAACGAGAUAGAGAAAUGCGGCCACAAGGGUCGAAGACAUCGUCUUCUGGAUUUUCUCUUCAAUCUCUUCUUUCUACUUCACUUUCUUAUACGUUGGGCUGCCUCUGAUAAUAAACUCAUCUUCUGGGUAGAUCCGUUCUCCCUCCUAGACUAUUGUACGGUACCUCCGUGUUUACUGGCAUUUGCACUUAAGAGAACAUGGAUGGGUCUUCGUUUUAUGCGUAUCUUCAGGCUCUUCAAUCUAGCUGAAGUAUUGCAUAACUUGAACAUCAUUAAAUCUGCUUCUGCGCUGCGACUAUGCCAGUUGAGCUCCUUCUUCCUCGCGAUUUGGCUGGCAGGUGCUGGAAUGAUCUACCUACUGGAAAAUACGGGCGAUCCUUUUGCAUCCCCACCAUAUGGCAAUGCUCAUCGUCUCACCUAUCUAGAAUGCCUCUACUUUGCUAUUGUAACCAUGUCAACAGUCGGUUAUGGUGAUAUAACUCCACAAACUACUCUCGGUCGCUUCUUCACAUCUGUUUUCAUACUCUGCGCUCUCGCAGCCUUCGCCUACUGCAUCCCUGAAAUCGUUGAAAUGUUUCUCAACACCAGUAAAUAUAAUGGAAAAUACUUAUCUCGGCCGGGAAAGCGACAUGUUGUUGUCUGUGGUGAUGUGACAACAGAAUCCGUGAAACACUUCCUUGACGACUUUCUCCAUCCUGAUCGAAGGCGAACAGAUGUAGAAGUUGUAUUCAUGAACCGAUCGAAGCCAGACUUGAGGCUAAAGAGCUUGCUUCGACGGCACUUUUCAAGAGUGAAAUAUCUCGAGGUAUGUGUCAUUUUAUGA